ACAAAGAGUUGGUGCAAAUAACUUUACUAUUCACUUUUACAACUGGAUUGACACUUAUUGCUGACUAGUCUAAAAAAAACUUGAAUCUAUCUUAAAGUGUCACAGACGAAUGCUUCAGUAGUAGAAAUUUGUCCUUGUUGUUAGCACAAAACAAAAAGAGAGUUAAGGUCUUGCAAAAAGAAAAAAUAAAAGUAUAUGAGUAGUGAGAUCCAGUUUUGUAAAGAAUGUUCAAAUCUUUUGUACUCUAAAGAAGAUACUGAACAUAAACAAUUAAUCUUUUUAUGUCGUUCAUGUGAUUAUUUACAAUAUGCUGAUCCUUACAGUAUGACGCAAAAUUGUGUAGAUCGAAUCAAUUAUAAUUUUCGUUCAAGAGAAGAUGUGAAUUCUUAUAUUGCUCAAGGACUUGAUCAUGAUCCAACAUUACCUCGAGCGCCGAAUUGGAAAUGUGAAAAUUGUAACAAUGUGGGAGCAGUUUACUUUCAGCUUCCUGAAAGAGUGGCAGAUGACGCAAUGACUCUUGUUUAUGUCUGCACUGAAUGUACUUUUUAUCAAGUGAAAGGAAAAGAAUUAUUAAAAGAUACGGUUACGGACGUUGGAGAAACAUCUGGCAGCACUUUAGAUGAAAAAAAGAUAGAGCAACCAGAAAAAAUCUUCUUUUCAAACGACGAAUCGGAUUUUUUUAAUGAAGAAAAAAAUAGUACAAAUGCGCUCAACUCUUUUACAGAAUCCACACAGAUGGGAGAGAAAACUUUAGAAUCUCCUGAUGUGUCCAAUCAUUCAUGCGUUGAUUUAAAUUUGGAUGACGAUAAUUUGGGUUUAGAUGAAUUAGGACUAGGCAUUUCCGACGAUGAUAACGAUGAAUUUUGAUUUAACGUUAUAGCAGUUUUAUGCCAAGUAGGUUUCAAAAGAAAUGUUUGAAAUAAAACGCAAGUUUUCGAGUGGCUCCAACCUACUGUGCCCCUAUGUAUAGAAAAAGGAGAAAAAAUUUGAACCAAAACAACAUUGGUUUUCAAGUUUUAAAUUAGCCUUUGCAAAAGACUAUUAAAACAUUUUAAAAAAAAAAAAAAUCAAUAAACGCAAAUUUUUUUUUAAAGGGA